AUGGGUAUAACAAUUAGACAAGCCACCAUCAAUGAUAUACAAGCGAUGCAAAAUGCGAAUUUGCAUAAUUUGCCAGAAAAUUAUCAAUUGAAAUAUUAUAUGUAUCACAUAUUAUCAUGGCCUCAAGCAAGUUUCGUAGCUACUACAUAUGAUACUAUAGAUGAAGAUGAUGUAUUUGACGAAGAAGUUGAAAAUCCAAAAGGUGAUACAGCAUACAUUAACAAAGGAGAAAAAAUAGUAGCAUAUGUAUUAGGAAAAAUGGAAGAUGAUCCAGAUGCAGAAGAUAAAACACCUCAUGGACAUAUUACAUCAUUAUCAGUCAUGAGAACUUAUAGAAGAUUAGGUUUGGCUGAAAAAUUAAUGCGUCAAUCAUUAUACGCCAUGUGUGAAUCAUUUGGAGCAAAAUACGUUUCAUUACACGUUAGAUUAUCAAAUAGGGCUGCUUUACAUUUAUAUAGAGAUAGUUUAAGUUUUGAAAAUACUUCUAUUGAAAAAUCAUACUAUCAAGAUGGUGAAGAUGCUUAUGCAAUGAAAAAAGUAUUAGAACUAGAAGAAUUAAUACCUUAUAAAGCUCAAAAAUCACAAGAAAAUGAUGAUCUAACAAAAAGUUUAUUAGAAGAUUUAUAA